AUGGCAGGCGACAAGAGCUGCCGCCACGUCCGCCAGGCCGUCCGUCUAUCGGACUUCCGUCGUGAGCUGAAGAAGCGCACUCAUUUGCUCUGUGAAAUGUGCCCGAUAAGCGCCGCACUGUCUCCAGCCGAGAGCUGGGAAACGAGCCACUACGAGGCUGCAACGGACGUGCUCGUGUGUGUGAGCUGCGCCUUUGUGGGCUGCGUGCUGGACGGCCACUUUCGCGCACACGUGGAAACGCACGCCAAGCACUUUGUCGGACUGCAGUUGUGCGCCAAGACGUUUUGGUGCGAGCCCUGUCGCAUGGACAUUCCUAUCGACAUUCGACCGAAAGUAGAGACGGCACGUCAGGAGUUUUGGGACGCUCUAGAGGAAAUUGCGGGCAAGAAGCGACGACAGUUGCGUCAUUUGAAACGCGGGGUGCAGACCAGUAUGUCGCCGAUCACGACGCCGGUUGGAUCGACCACGAACGUGCUAUUGCCACAAGCACUAGUGGACGGGAAUAGCGACGAUUUGCCGCGGGAGGCGAUGGGACAGGAGCUACAAAUGGACGGCGAAACUCGAGGACGUAGUGACGACCAGAAAGAAGCCGCUGGCGUGGCGCUGCUGAGCAUGCCACUGCAGACAAAAGCCAGGGAAGACAAAAUACAACGACAGAUGCUCAAGACGGCGGUGCGGACGAGGGAAUCUGGCCAAGGCGUAGCGAUAUCGACGAGUAGUUCGGAUUUCGCGGACGGCAGUGAAUUGCCUAUCACGGUACAGGGGUUUACGAACCUCGGCAACACGUGUUACUUCAACGCAUCGGUACAGGCACUGCUGACCGUGGCGCAUUACUUCCCCGAGCACAUGCACAUUGACGAAGUGUUUGAGAAAACGGACACGCCAAUUAUUACUACCUUCACGAUGCUGCACGAGACUGUGAAAAAGCGUGCGCGAAAGGCUCUUACAGGCGAGUUGGCUUUGGAUCGACCUGUGAAGGUCAAGGGUAGUCGAUCACGCUCUGGGUCGUCUUCAGUACUGACUUUGGCACCGUUGCUCAAGGAAAUGCGCAAAAAGUUCGCUCAGUUUCGCGGACAUUAUCAGCAAGACGCGCACGAGCUAUUUGCGAGUUUCCUUUGGGCAAUCGAUGAGGAGGUAGAUCCUCCGUUGUCGUGUACGAAUGAGGGGCCCACCAUGUCUGCUCCGUUCGACAGCGUUACGAGCAGUAGUUGCUGCACAACGAGCUCAUCAGAAUGUCCGAGUGAUGACGGAGAUGACUCUUCUCGUCAGUAUGGAACGUGGUCGAUUGACAACACGACAGACACUGAGCCGAUAGGGGAGAACAUACAAGAAGCGCUGGAGGGAGAUAGUGAAAGCGACGCAGAUCCCUCGGAGCAAGACACAAAGCAAAUUUUUGUAAAGACAGAGACUGGCGAGACGAUCUCGAUGCAAGUGCCGAAAAGCGCGACGGUGAAAGAAGUUCAGCAUUUGUUAGCCAAAAGGCUAAAUCUCAAUGAAGACGACAUGAUGCUGAAUACCUCUCAGUCUGACACCCGAGCUACUCUCUCUUCGCGACCGGGUGCUGCCCCUCACGCUAGAGUUGAAAAGAGGAAGACGUGCUCAAGGCUGAACUUCACGCGCAACUUGUUUGGUGGCGCGCUUACGACUGCUGUAACCUGCAAGGCGUGCAGCAAGCGAACGGAGAUUCUGGAAGACGCAUUUCAUCUGAGCGUGUCCGUUCCAGAUGGACGUUCCGAGUUGACGACUGCGGAUUGUCUGAAUAACUUUGUAGCCGAGACUCAACUGCUAGUGGAGUCUAACAACGGCUACGAUUGCGAAGCUUGCUCACGACAGCCGAUGGUGCGCAGCGUGGCGGGUCGAUUUAUGCGCAAGAAGCGUCUCGGACCAAACGCUGAACCUGAGAUGGAAGUGGUUUUGCGCGACGCAUCGAUGCAGCUGUUUGUAUCGGCGUUGCCCCGUGUUCUCGUGGUGCAUAUCAAGCGUCUGGCACGCUCCCGAAAGAUUACACAGCACAUCGCUUUCGACGGCAAGUUGGACAUGACUCCGUACGUGAGCGAUACACUCCGCCAAGGCGGCGGAGACGCAAAGACGCAUUCGCUUUGUUACUACCUCAUUGCAGUUGUGGUGCAUAUGGGCAACAAGCGCUCGGGCCACUACGUUGCAUACGUUAGCCGGUCGCGCCGGCGUGAGGCUACCGUGGCAGCUCGUGGACGCCGCCUCGCUUCAGAAGGAGGUGGAGCUGCAGUGGCCGAGGUGACAACCCCGAGGAACAAGGACGGGUCAUCGCGGACGUGGUACUAUGUCUCGGACACAGUCGUCAAACGUGUGUCCUUUGAACAAGUAUUGCAGUGUGAAGCGUACAUGCUAUUCUAUCAGCGUCGACCGAAAGCGUCUGCUAGUAGAGUGACCUCAGCAACUUCUCCAACAACAGAGACGGACCGGCUGCCAGUCCAAUCGCGUGCUGAACCUGGUGGGUGA